AUGGCUCCAAAAAGACACCUUGGCCUUGGAAAAGCCGCCAAAGUCAAGAAACAAAAAACAGAAUCAGAAGAACCCGCACCCUCAGAAGUUUCCGAGGACAAAAAUGAACUUACCGUGGAAAUGGACGAAGAAGUUGACGCAAACGAUGCAGUAGGCCAACUUGUGGCCUUAUGGAGAACCUUUUUGCUGAGCGAGGAAAAAAAAGAAUUGAUGUUGAACGGAAUUAUCCAUGAAUGUGACCGUCUUUUGAGAAAAAAACACAACAGUGGUGAAACUUCUGGUAAAGAUGCGGACGACGAGAUCAUCGAUCUUAAUGGUCAGUUCCAUGCCAUUUAUGCUCAGGCACUUUCAUCAUUAGCAUUCUUCCAUACAGAAGAGGAGGAUAAGGUUGCCCAGUUUUUUACAGCUGCAAGUGAACGGAUCCAAGCUGGCCGUGAGCAAUAUCCGGAGUCUAUUGAGUUGCUCUUUGGCGAGGCUCGUAUUUUGAUGAAUAGAAUUCCCUUGGUGGAAGUCAGUCAGUUGACCUUGGACAGCAAAAUUAGCAAAAAACACCCGGAAGUGGCCAAAUCACUUGAUCACAGUCUUUCCAAGUGGGAGGAGGCUGUUUCCAUGGCCGAAACGAGACAAGAGUAUAAACAUUUCAACUUGGAGAACUUGGACUUCUUGCAAGCCUUAGAUGAUUUCCUCGAUAUGAGUGAUAACUUUGGCAAAGUGCAUAUGGAGGGUGAAGAUAGUGAUGACGAAGAUGAUGAAGAUAAACAAGUGGACUUGGCUCCUACACAUCCACUCCACUCCGUGAGAGAACUGGACAAGUACAAUCAAUGGUGGAGAGAACAUAGUGUGAGAUUUUUGAAGAACUUGGACUUGCAGAGCAAGCCUCCUGCUGAUUUGAGAAGAGAGUUGUGCAAGCGUCUAGGUCAGUCAUAUCUCAUGGAAGCAGAGAUUCCAUCGAGUGUUUUCACCACUUUGACAUACUACUCCAAGGGUCAGAAGGAGAUCAACGGACUCACUAAGGAACAGGCACAGAAAAUCAGUCAGGAGCUCUUCAAUAGUGCUUUGAAGUACUUGAAAGACGCUCAGGAUGAACAAGAUCCAGAUACAUGGGCCAAUGUUGCUGAGGCGAUGAUCUCGUUGGCUAAUACCCACGAUCUUGAAAGCAAAGAGCAGGAGUCCAUCUACAAAGAGGCAGAGGACAUCUUAACACGGGCCAAUAAUGCUACCAAUGGCAAGUACGAUGAUAUUUUGGAAAACUUGUUGCUGAACUAA